AUGGCUCCCAAGGCUGUUCAUUUCGGUGCUGGCAAUAUUGGUACGUUUCCCAUCUCCCAUCUGCAACAAUCGGCUUGCUACACGACCCCCAACUUGGUGUGGCGCCACUCCGGCUUCCGCCGAUUGCGUAGCGCUGCCCCGCUGCACGUCAUCGCUGCCACCCACCCACCCAACUCACGACAUGACCAUGCUAACACUUUUCAUCAAGGCCGCGGCUUUGUUGCCUGCUUUCUGCACAACUCUGGCUACGACGUCGUCUUUGCCGACGUCGCCGAUGCCCUGAUUGACUCCAUCAACGCCUCCCCCUCGUACCGCGUCAUCGAGGUCGGCGUCGAGGGCACCACCGAGUCCACCAUCACAAACUACCGCGCCAUCAACUCCAAGACGCACGAGGCCGAUCUCAUUGACGAGAUUAGCACCGCCGACGUCGUCACCUGCUCCGUCGGCCCCCGCGUUCUCAAGUUUAUCGCCCCCGUCAUCGCCAGGGGCAUUGACCGCCGCGCCGCCGACCGCAAGCCCCUGGCCGUCAUUGCCUGCGAAAACGCCAUUGGCGCCACCGACACACUCGCCGAGUUCAUCAGGAGCCCCGAAAACACCCCCGCGGAUCGCCUCGAGGACCACUCGUCCCGCGCCCGCUAUGCCAACUCGGCCAUUGACCGCAUUGUGCCCGCGCAGGAUGCCGAUGCCGGGCUCGAUGUGACGCUCGAAAAGUUCUUUGAGUGGGUCGUCGAGAAGACGCCGUUUGCCGACGUUGGCAUCCCCCCGAUUGAGGGCAUCAACUGGGUCGAGAACCUGGCCCCAUUCAUUGAGCGCAAGCUCUUCACUGUCAACACGAGUCACGCCACGGCCGCGUACCACGGCUACAACCGCAGAAAGCGCACCGUCUACGAUGCGCUGCAGGACAAGGCCAUCAUGGCCGAGGUCCGCGGCGCGCUCGCUGAGACAAAGGGCCUCAUUGUGAGCAAGCACGGCAUCGACGAGGCAGCCCAGGCUGCGUACGUCGAUAAGAUUAUCAAGCGCAUCGGUAACCCCCACCUCGAGGACGCUGUGGAGCGCGUCGGCCGCGCGCCUCUCCGCAAGCUCUCCCGCAAGGAGCGCUUCGUCGGGCCGGCUGCUGAGAUUGCCGAAAACGGCGGCGAGAUCAAGUACCUUCUCGAUGCUAUCGAGAUGGCGUUCCGCUUCCAAAACGUCGAGGACGACGAAGAGUCCAAGGAGUUGGCCACCAUUAUGUCGGAGAGCACCCCCGAGGACGUUGUCGCCAAGGUCUGCGGCGUGCAGACCUCGGAAAAGAUUUACCCCCAGCUCGUCGAGGUGGUCAAGCGUGUCCAGGCUGAUAGCAGCGAGUGA